AGUUUCGCGUCAGCCGAGGCACAGGCUUCGGCAAACGUCAUGAAAACCAUCAUCUCCCAUUCAGUGCCGAGCCAUUCUCACACCCAACCUAAACAGCCCCCUUCUAUUAGUUAUAAGGUGUACAUAAUUACCCCAUUUUAAGCCCCUUCCUCAUUUCACUCCUCCUUUUUCAAUCCCUGAAACGGUCAAUUGGAUACUGUUGGCUCAUCAAACAUAAUCUCACCCUUCCACCGUAUCUUGUCAAUAGCCGAAUCGUUUGUAUCCCACCUUGAAGGCGAACAGACCUAGGUGCACCCGUACUUCAACCUAGAUUUGGGUGGCCUUCCUGACGUAUACCAUACCUGCUUAACAAGGCAAUUUAACGCGCUAUCCAUGAUGUCUCAGUCCAACAUUGAAGGGCAAAAGAAGGCGGUCGCAGCUGCGGCCCAGCAAAGUGACAAUAUGGCACAUGCAUUGGCAGGGGCUGGAGGUGGUAUUUUGUCAAUGUUCUUGACUUAUCCGCUGAUAACCCUCUCAACAAGAGCGCAAGUCGAGUCCAAACGCGCGCAUUCCACAACGUACGAUGCUGUACGUCGCAUCAUUCAGAGAGAAGGUGUCUCUGGGCUAUAUUCAGGCCUCGAGUCUGCACUUUUUGGCAUCAGUGUUACCAAUUUCGUAUACUACUAUUGGUACGAGUGGACGCGCUCGGCCUUCGAAAAGGCGGCAACACGAGCGGGUCGGUCCUCCAAGAAGCUCACGACGUCUGAGUCCAUGAUUGCAGGGGCUAUCGCUGGGAGCGCAACAGUCAUGCUUACCAAUCCGAUUUGGGUCGUGAAUACUAGAAUGACGGCCCGCAAGUCCGAGUCGGACCAGGAAGCAUUGCCGGGGGUUCCUGCCAAGAAGUUGCGGGCAUCGACGAUUGCCACAUUGAUGGACUUGCUUCGACAGGAGGGCCCUAAGGCUCUCUUUGCUGGUGUUCUUCCGGCUCUUAUACUGGUAAUCAAUCCGAUAUUGCAGUAUACUAUUUUUGAACAAUUGAAAAAUAUGCUGGAGCGCCGUAGACGCAUGACGCCGAAGGAUGCGUUCUAUCUUGGGGCUUUAGGUAAGAUACUGGCAACUUCGAUUACGUACCCUUAUAUUACAGUCAAAAGCCGGAUGCAUGUCGCUAGUACGGAUGGCCCUAAAGAAAGUUUGAACGGGAGCCUGAAGAGAAUCGUCAAGGAAGAGGGCUAUGUGGGUUUGUACAAAGGCAUUGGGCCAAAGGUCACACAAAGUGCGAUUACUGCGGCAUUCUUGUUUGCGUUCAAGGAUGUCCUUUAUGACUUCAUGGUCUCAAUUCGGAAAAAGAACCGAGCAAUCUCCAGAUAGAAUGCUGUGUACAAAUGGGCUUUUGAAGGAGGAUCAUCGCAGAAGUACUAGAGUCAGUGGAAGAGGCCAAAUGUACUGCGAUUCUGUGUCUUGGUCAGACACCCAAGUCACUGCCUGUCCUUGAUUGUCUACUCCAUACAUGAUACAUAUCGUGGUUGCUCCAGUAAUUUUGUUCUUCGGGUAGGACAAUGUCUAAUGCUUAGACAUUGGCUUGGAAUCGACUUCAGUAAAAAAGAAAAGCUCCAAUAUUACCUUAACAAAGGCGUCAAAGGAGUCAGUAUCUAUGUUAGUUCCAGC